AUGGCGUCCAUUUUCCGAACGAUGACGCUCUCGGCGCGUGCGCUCUGCCCGCGUGCCCUCUUCGCCGCGACGCCGUCGUCCGUCCUGUCGCCGUUUUCGCGGGCUCUGGCCGCCACCACGAUAACAUCGACGCAGCAGCAGAUUCGCGGCAUGAAGGUGCACAGUUCGGUCAAGAAGCGAUGCGAGCACUGCAAGGUUGUUCGACGCAAGGCCGGCAAGAGACAUAAUGGCUACCUGUACAUCAUCUGCAAGGCGAAUCCCCGACACAAGCAACGACAGGGCUAA